ACUGCAGAUUUGUUAUUUUGAGAAAAUGCCAAAUAGACUACAAAUAUAGUGAAUAUAUAUAUUUACGGAUAUAUUUUCAUAUAUUAUUGAAAACACUUUUUUAAUGUAUGAAGAUAUAUGUAAAAAUAAUUUUAAAAAUAAUAAUAUACCUGAACUCUUUUGAGUCACAAAUUAAUUAUUUUAUAAAUUAAAACUCAAUACUUGAAAAAUCCCGACUCUGUCGCUGCAACUUGCAAGAAAUACUGUUUGUCACGAUUAUAGGAUAACACAUUAAAAACAAUAGGAAGAAAUUUAAAAAAAAAAAUUAUUGUGGAAAAUGGUGCUGAAAGAGAGUCACGAUGUGGAGAUGAAGGAUGCUACUUCAGUUGAACCUGUAAAGACAGAGGACAGUGAGAAAGAAGAAAAAAAGGACCCCGAGUUACUAACUUUAGAAGGUAACCAGCCAAAAUUUUAUGAACUCACUUAAUACUUAAGUUUGAAGAUAAUGAAGUCACCGAGACUGUAAAACUGUAAAUGUGUACUGUGUGAAUCAAUGGAACAUACCAGUUGGUUCUGACAAGUAAAUAUUCUAUCAGUAUUAGUCAGUAAUCUCACAAGAAAUAUAAUUAUCAGCUGAAGGCUAGGACUUACAAAAUGGCUAUUCAGACCUGGGUAUCAGAAGUGAGAGGUUGGGAUUAAAAAGUAUUAAAAGUAUUAUUGAUGGGUUUGUAAGACAAAAUUUGGUAUCAAAUGAAAGAUAAUGGAAUGGGCAAUAUGUCUGUAAACUUACUUCUUCAGUUUAACUAAAAUAGACCUAAAAAUAGACGACCACAAAUGGCAUCUGAAUGGCAUUUAGAUUUAGUGUAGAAGGACCCGGGUCCAAAUUAUGAAUAGCAGUUAUGUCUACCUGGGUACCUUUCGACUAAAUGCUAUUCGAAUGUCAUUUGUGGUAGUUUUGUCUUACAAACCAUACAAACAAUAAUAUUAUUAUUAGGCACUUAGGUAAGGCAAGAGAGACUACUUCAAAAUUUGUAUCGGAAAUGAGAAUCGGGGCUGAUUCUUAGUUUUCACCCCGUGACGCCAUUUGCAUGUUUUUUUUAUAGUUGCAGUGAAUUAGGGUUCAGGUUAGGCAUAGAGAUCGAUUUAGGGUUCAGGUUAGGCAAUGGGAUCGAUUUAGGGUUCAUUUUAGGCAUAGGGAUCGAUUUAGGGUUCAGGUUAGGCAUAGGGAUCGAUUUAGGGAUACAUUAGUGACAAAAUUAACUGGUUGUGUCAACCAAGAUGGUGGCCAUCGCGGGACGUUUUCUAAUAAUUUACCGGGAAUCGGUGCAGAAGAAUUUUUUAAUUUUUGCAUGUUCGUGCUUUUUCAUUGAUGAAAGGACUAUUUUGUCAUGGAAUUGUGGUAUUCAUCCAUAUGUAAACGGUAGUAGACAUCUUGACCUACCUUUCUAUCAUAAAUUUUUGCCUUUUCAAUCGACGCAAAUAUUAGAAACAAGGGUAAAUAUGGGUAUCUUUCCCUACAAAAUUUCAUAUGAAGAUCAAAUUUUAUGUCUUUCAUAUUAAUUCCUACUCUGUAAAAUAUAUUGAUGUAUAUGUGUGCCAAUUUUAAAUGAGCUAGGACAAGUCGGCCAUUAGUUAUGUUCAUCUAAGUGACCUGCAUUACCAUAAGAUCACCCUGCCCCACUUAGACCACGCCCCCUUUUUAAUGGGGUGAAGAUGCUGAUACUUAGGAAAUAUUUAAUUAUUACCACUGUUGACAUGAUAAUAUUUGAUAACUUGUGUUUUAGAAUGAACCUAGAUGUAAUAUAAUAUAAAAUAAUAUUUUAAUUUGAGGUUCAAAAACCCGGUAGAGUCCAUAUUAUAAAUGAUCAUAAUUUGCCAGGUGCGAAACAUGGGCAUGGGCAGCCAUUCACAGUCACUUGCAUAAUGGCUAUACCAUAAUUCUAUCUCAGAGUUGCAUUCAUAAAAGUUUGCUGCGUGUAAAAACUAUUAAACCAUUGGUUAGGAAAAGCUUUAAUCAAUUAAUCAUGUGCUCAAUGAAAUUUUGCACACUUAUAAUUUGCAGAUUUAAAAUUAGUAUGAAAGACAUACAUUUAAUAUUUCAAUCAAAUUUUAAAUCGACAAAGGAUUUUCCUCAGUUAAAGAUGAUAUAAAGAACAAUACCACUCAAUGAGAUUGUAGGCCAAGAUAUCUGCUAAUGUGAAAGGGUUGAGUCAGAACUUAAUUAUGGGUCAAAAGGACUCCUGUUUUAUUAAAAUUAACCUCACAUGAAAAAAUUAAAAACCCGGGGAUAGUCAAACCAGUGCCAGUGAUCAUAUCAUUUUGUAUGUUAUUAUUUGUUAUCACCACUUACAAGGGGGACUGAAAUCACAUUAUUAGUAGGAAUAUCAAACCAAAAUGUAAUCAUGGUCUGAUAAUUAUUUAGCAAUAUUUGUUAUAGGCCUAAUAAAUUUUAAUGAAUAAUUCAAAAUACAUGAAUGCCUUAUUAAAUGCUGGUUACGAUCCAUAUGUUGACAAUUUUAUUUCGAAGAACACCUCAAUGACAAGAGGUUUCUUAAUAGUGCACAAAUGUUGCCAUAAAUGAAAAAAGAUGGCUUGAGCUAAAUUUUUUAUUUUAGUACAGUUCAUUAAAUUGUUAUAGAUAGUAUUUUAAAAGUAAAAUACCUAGCCUACAAAUAAUGAAAAGGAGGGGUUGGGGGGGGGGGGAGAAAAUGAAAUCAGGAUAGGAAAAAAAAAAAAAUUGGCAAAGAGUAAGGGAAAGCCUGAAAAAAAAAAAAGAAAAAAAAAAAUGAACAUGAAUUUUAGUACAGUUCAUUAAAUUGUUAUAGAUAGUAUUUUAAAAGUAAAAUACCUAGCCUACAAAUAAUGAAAAUGAGGGGUUGGGGGGGGGGAGAGACUGUAAUCAGGUUAGGUAAAUAAAAAUAAUUUGCACAAGGUAAGGGAAAUCCUGAAAAAAAAAGAUGCAAAAAAACAAUGAACAUGUCGGCAAGAAGGCUUCGUCAAAGAGUACAAAAUUUAAAUAUAAUUUUUAAAAAACUUUAUUUAAAUGGAGUAUCCUAGACAGAGAACAGCAGAAAGAAGUUAGUAAAUUCUUAAUAGAUAAGGAAAUUAAUAUGGGCAAAGAAGGAAAGGAAAGUUGAUUUUCUUAUAUGAAGUACCAAAACAAAUCGAUUUAAACUAUAGAACCUAGUAAAAAAAACCAAUGGAAGUCACCAUUAAAAUGCCAGAAUGUGUAAGAAAUGCAAGAAGCAAUCUGCCAGUCUCGAGGCUUGUAUUAUCUGGCCAGCUGAUCGACCAUUUGUCUUCUUUGUUACCAUUCGACUCUUGGGCUCAUAGAUCAGCCCUGAUGUCUCCAAAGGCUUAAAAUGUGAUAAAAUACAAUAAAAGUGGUGUUAACAAGUCCCUUUGCUGCCCCAUUUAAAGUAGGAUAGACCAUAACCAUAAGAUAGUGUGCAGGGUAGCAUUUUAUUGACUAGGCCUAAGCCAACUUAUAAUUUUCAGCAUUGUUUUGCAGUCUUAGUGUGUGAAAGGAGCAAAGUUGAAAUUGGGUCAAUUUUUAAAAAAAUCCCUUAAUUAUGUGAGUGUGCCUUAAAAUGGGUAACUUUAAACAAUAUGACUGUGGCUUACCAUUAUCAUGGUCUCUGAGAGAGAGUAUUAGUAACUAUUAGUAUUGUUAAUAAUGAAACAUUGCUAUUAGCAUCUUGAUAAUCCAAAUCUUGUUUUCAGUGGAAACCAAAUGACCUAUUUUCUUCUACUCUGUAACCUUAUAACAAUUAUUUAAAACAAAAUUUUCUAUGAAAUUUUAAUUGACAGAUAUUAGAGAGCAUGUUCGAGAUAUUGAGAAGGCUUUUGCAACCAAGGAGCCGCGAUUCAUGUCUAGGGUGAUUCGUGCUCUUGUUUCUGUACGCAGAAAGCUCAACCCCAGAAUCUUAAGAUCCCUUAUGAAGGGAUACUUUACAGCUCCUAAUGUGACAAACAAAGAAGAACUUUUACCAUUUCUUGCAGAUGUAAGUUUUUUUAUAAUAAUUUUUAAAAAAUGCUUAAAUUGUAAAGAUUUUUGGUGUAGUAUAUAUACUUCAAGCAUUCUAUUGUAUGUCAUAAUAUUAUAAUAUUAAAUAGUUGUUUUUUUAACAUCAACUUUAAAUCAUAAUGCUUGCUUGGCUCUUGAAAUAAAUUGAUUUUAAAAUAAUUUUAGGGUCAGAGUGAAGGAAUGAAUGGUGUUUCUGGAGUAUUUCGUCCACGUUCUGGGAAACUUGCUCAGACUCCAAUUCUUCCUGAGGUUGAAAUCUAUAUUCAUUUACUUGUCUUGAUCUAUUUGAUAGAUACCAAACAGUUUGAUAGGGUGAGUACAGAUUGCUAAUAUGAUAAGGAGCUCUCAUAAUUCAUCUUUAUUUUCUGUUAUCUUUUAUUUAGUUUGAAUGAACUUUUGUAAGUUUAUUUCAUUUUAAUAUAUAUUUUUAACAUGUUCUAGUAUCCCUUUUAAUGACCAAAGAAGAGUUCAGCAGUUUAAUGGCUUCAUUUGUUUAAGAAAAAGCACAUUGGGCAUAUUAUAAAAAUAUAAUUAAAACUUGUUAUAACAUGGUGUUAAAAUAAGGAGACAUUCUUUUUUUUUUUUCUUAAUUCUCAGGCUGUUGAGUGCUCUGAGCUUUUAAUGAAAAAGCUUGUAUUACAAAACAGAAGAGCUAUGGACAUGUUGUCUGCCAAAUGUUACUUUUAUUAUUCAAGAGCCUAUGAGCUGACAAACAAGUUGGAGGGUAUCAGAACGUGAGUUUGGGUUUUAUUAUUUACAUUUGUGUAUCCUAUUACAAAUAAGAAAAUUAAAUUAAAACAAUGAGCAGAUCAUGGACCUCAUUAUCACAAUUCUUACUUUGUAUUUUAAUUUUAAUGACCCAAUGAAGACCACUUUGUAAACUGUCACACUUAAUAAAAUCUUAUACUUUACUCAACCUUUAAAUUUCUUUAUUUCAUUGUCAGGUUCUUGCAUGCAAGACUACGAACUGCCACUCUACGGAGUGAUCAUGAAGGUCAAGCAACAUUGUUAAACUUGCUACUCAGGAACUACUUGCAUUACAACCUAUUUGAACAAGCUGAUAAGUUGGUGUCCAAAUCAACUUUCCCAGAGAGUGCCUCCAAUAAUGAGUGGGCUCGUUACUUGUUUUACUUAGGUUGGUUAAAUAAGUAAAAAUAGCACCAUUAAAUACUUUCAGGCAAACCUGUUUGUUUGAUUAGGUUCUACUUGUAUAUCUUGCCAUUCCGGGUCAGUAAGGCAUAGACAAAUGGGCAACACAUCAAAACCUAGGCUCAAAUUUCAAGAAAUGCCUAACAUAAUUUGGUGAAUUAUCUGCUGACAAGCCUAAACCAGUUAGGAUUAUUGUGUGAAAUUUAAAGAUAUUGCUGAACCCAUUGCAUUUUAACCACUUACAAAUAGCAACAAAAAAAACAAAAAAAAAAAGCAGGAAUUUUUGUAUUUUUUUCUUCUUCAUAUUUAUGAAGCAUGAUCUGCUUUCCCCUGUUCUCAUGACAUUUUUUUGCUUUUGAAUAUCAGUCACAACUCUAAAGUUCUAUUUCAACAACUGAGUUAAGAUUCUUUUUAGAUUAAGAUUCAUGCACCUGCCACAAAUACUUCAAUAAUUUCAUCAAGUGAUUGUUCUUUUCAUUGCUUGCAAUAUUAAGUAGUUUGUCUAGGUGCCACAUUGCUCUAGGUCAUUAAUUUUCAAUUUAAGGAGCAUACAUCACCAGGGUAGAAUAAAAUGUUCCAGGUUAUGUAGAGAGACGGAAACAAAAUUAAAUAUUACAUUUAGAAAUCCAGCCCGAAAGAUAAAAUAUGCACAUGGUGCAUAGGCCUACAUGUUUAGCAGAUCAGUUCAGUGUUACCAAAUUCCAAAAGACUACUGUACAGACUUCACUUUAUAAUAUCUAACACGACUCAGAUCAAAGACUUCAUAGAGAAUGUGUAUUUUACAGGACGCAUCAAGGCUGCACAGCUGGAAUAUUCAGAAGCACACAAACAUCUGCUACAGGCAACUAGAAAGGCCCCACAAUACAGUGCUAUCGGCUUUAAACAAACUGUAAGUCUAAGCCUUUAUGACUAAAUUAGUUUUUGUUAUACUGUAUAGAUUUUAUUUGAUGUCUAUAUCAGUGGUUCUCAAACUUUUUUGGCCAACGCUCCCUUGGCACCAAAACCCAUCCCUUGCCCCUUGUUACACCAAAAUAAUUUUAUAUUCAGGACAGAAUUAGCACAAUUAUGUAAGAAAGAUAAUAUUAUAAAAUGAAAUAGUGUUAUAUGUAAUUAAACUGUUAAUUAAAAUGUAAUAAGACUUUUUACUUGAAUUAAUUCAAUAAUAAAUUGAAUAACUUGAUCUAUUAACCCUUUACAGAGCAGAGGUACGUCCUCUUGCUAGUCCUGAAUGGGCACCAAUCCUCCGGUUUUUAGUAAGAUUUAGGGUUACAUUAGUAAAAAAAUCAAAUCUAAGGUGUUAGUCAACAAAUUUUUGUGAAAUAAAAAGCAAAAUAAAGGAAAAUGAAUGCCGAUUUAUAAUUUUGCUCACAUGUUGCCAUUAAUCCUCAUAUGAACACAAAUAUUUACAAAAAACAACAUAUUGUUUGUUAUUGUGAGUCAUCUAUUUACUAUUUACAAACACUGCCACAAAAUCGAAGUUUGUAAAAUUCAACGCUGCUUAAUACGCUGAUUACACUAAUAUUACUGAUAAUAUUAAUAUCUAGUUCCAAUUGACAGUCAAUUCGAGCACUUCAAUGUAACUUAAAUUGUAUCCAGCGAAAUCUGGGCUAUCACUUAAAUAAUCGUCACAAUCCAUUUUGAAUUUUUUUUUCUUAAAACCCCUAAAACUACAAACAAAAUUUGAUUAAAUACUUGUAACUGGCGCCCACUUUACCCAGCUAUCGGAAAAACUGGAUGUAAACAAUAGGAAGUCUCGCAAAGACUUGGAGGUCACGAGUUUACAACUCUAUGUUGUCACGGACGUUUUACCUGGUAAAGGGUUAAUACCACAACUAUUUUAAAGUAGGAUUAUGUUAAAGCACUUAGAAAUAGGAAAUUACUUCAAUAUUGCUCAAAUAUGCUUACUCAGACUGUUUUCUUUGGAUGGGCUUAGUAAAGUGAUGCCAUUUCUUCAAUGUUGGAUAUAAGGAAGCUUAACAACACUCUUAAAUCAACACUUUCACAAAUAUUGAUGAAAUUUCUUUGCAAGACCCGGUCUCUUGACCACUUUCUGCAAUGCAUAAUAAUGAUAUGAUAUGAAAUUUUCUUCUGAAACUCUUAGAUACCAUUUCCUAAGCUUUGGCUUCAGCUCUGAGCUAGCUAGUCAUCAAAAUAACCAAAUGUAUCUGCAACUAACAAAGGAUUGAUCACCCAGUCUAAAAUUUCAAUUAAAAUAGAUCCUAUAAUCACUCAGACACAAUUUUAUGUACAAUAUUCAAAUGAUCACAAAAUAAUUUAAGCAGUAGCAUCACGGGGGGGUUUGCAGACUGCACCGAAUGACACCUCACAGGGGGAUGAGAUGACACCAAAUAGAAAAUUUGGCAAUGUUCGCUUAAUCCGUUUCAAAACAGACCUUAACUAAAUACAUGAAAAUGGUGCCACCAAAACAUGGUAUUACCACACAGAGCAGGUUAUUGCUAGACCAGUUUGUCACCACAGCAGGUUGUCUCCAGAACAGGGUGUCAACAGACAGAGCAGGGUGCCAUCAGAGUAAAUUGCCACAAGAGAAGGUUGCAAAUAAGGGUGUCACCAGAGCAGGCAAACUCAGUAAGGUUCAUGGGACAGUCUGAAAAGGAGGGGGAUGGCACUAUGGAUAACACGAACUUUAGCGAUGCCACCUACUUUCUCAUCUUGUUAACCACCCCCCUCCACCCCUUUUUCUCUUCCAGGUCUGACAGUCAUGAGCAGAGUUACUUUAGAUAUGAAAGUAGAGAUUAUUCAUUUGGUUUUACUAUGAUUGACAUCCUCUUCCAGCAAAUGUAAAUUGGUUUAAUUGAAAUUUGCAUAUAUUUCUGGCAAUAACAAAGUCAUGUCUGAUGACUUGGGGUCAGAACUGAAUGAAGCAUUUGCCUUAUUUAAAAAUUAAAGUGUCAAAUAACAACUAAAAGUGACUUAAAACACACACAUUGUGAAAGUCAAAAGACUCACCCUGAUAAAAAUGAUGUGUAUUUAAUUUCUGAAUCAAGACUAAUUAACUUUCAUGAAAAAAAAGACAUAAAAAUAAAUAAUUCUAGUUAGAUUCGACCUGUCAGCACACUGAUGACCAUCUCUAAUGAUGCAUUGCCUUCUGUACACUAAAAAUAUACAUUCUUGUUUGAAAAACUAACAUUGAUAACAAUAAAAAAUAUUUACUUUUAAGUUGUAGGUAACACAAGAGUAAAUAAUCGUUAUGAUUAAUUUUUUAAAUUUUGGCUUGCAUUGAAUGUGUAGUUAAAUGUCAGCCUCACCUCUUUAAAGUGCAUUAAUUUUCUUUCGUUUAUUGAUUUUGUCUUAAUAAUUAAAUAUUUCUUGUUAAAUGUCCCAUAUACUGUUUGACUGAUGUAAGUGCAUGACUCAUUUUCAAGGCCGAUAAUGAUCCCAUAAUGUUAAAUCAUUUUUGUCAAAGUUUGAAUAAUUUAAAUUUUUUAAAAAAGGUUUUCUGAUGCAAUCCACCACUGUCCCUUUUGCAGUACUAGUGCCCACCUAAAUUUACUGAGCAUUUUACCACUCCAUAGAGGACAUCCUACAUCACAUCUCAGUACUACCCAUUUUGAGAACCACUGGUCUAUACUUGUCUUUAACUGCAUAGAUUUUAUUUGAUGGACUAUAUUUACUUUUGUUUUAAUGUAUAGAUCUUAUUUGAUGGUCUAUACCUAGAUUUUUCAUAGUGUAUGGAUUGUAUUUGAGGGGCUAUACCUAGCUUUUGUUAUAUUGUAUAGAUUAUAUUUGAGGGGCUUUAAGUAUGAUAACUAGCUUUUGUAUAAAUUUGAACAAGUUCUGUAUUCUAACAGCUUCUUUGAUAGUUGGUUAAGUGGAAUAUUCUUUCAAACUUAGGUUCAGAAACUGGCAAUAACUGUAGAACUUUUGCUGGGAGACAUCCCAGAUAGGUCUGUGUUUCGGCAACAGUCCAUGAGGAAAACACUAGCACCAUACUUCCAACUAACACAGGGUAAGCUAGUUGUUGAAUACUGUCUAAGACUUAAAUGAAACAAGGUUGCUAAAAAAAUGGUUGAAAAUAAGAAAAUGCUUUUCUCUCCCAACUGUAAAAAAACUGAGCAAAUCGUCAGUUGAUUGUUGUAACAAAGUUUUUUAAUAAAUAAUAGUACGUCUUUCACCCUGAUCCUAAAUAAAUUUCAUUUCAUUUUUCAGUUUGUCUUCCUAAUUUCUUUUACUUUUGUUUAUUCAAUUUAUUACUUUUUUAAAAUUCACUCUGCUAUUACAAUUUAUUAUUUCCUUAAUAAUGUUUAAAGUUUUCCUAUUUGUUUUACAGCCGUCAGGGGAGGUAAUCUGCAGAAGUUUAAUGAGACACUUGCUAAAUUUGGCAGAAAGUUCCAGACAGAGAACACUUACACCCUGAUUGUGAGGCUGCGUCACAAUGUAAUCAAGACUGGUGUCAGGAUGAUAAGUCUCAGCUAUUCGCGUAUUUUCCUUUCCGACAUUGCACAAAGAUUAACCCUAGACAGCCCAGAAGAUGCUGAAUUUAUUGUAGCAAAGGUUAAAUUGACUUCUUUUAUUUUGUAUAUGUUUUUUGGAAGCAUUUGAAAAAAUACAAUAGGUUUAUCUAAUUAUUUUGGUUGUGAAGCUUAAUCCGGAAGGAAAUGUUAUUGUAUUAAGGCACGAAUUCACCCAUGGUACAUUUUAACUCUUUCCCUCCGGAUCAACGCUCCCAUCGUCGAUUUGAUAUGAAGAUUUUGGCGUAUCGACGAUGGGAUCGUCGAUGUAUAAAAAUCUGUUUAUUUCGGUUCUUUUCUUAGCUAUUGGUAUUUAGUUAUUUUAAAUCAAUUCUAGAAUGAUUUCCCUUUCAUAAACAUCCGGUUUUACUGUGUUUGAACGAAGAACGAAUUGUUUGAAGCGGUUGUUUUGAUUGUCCAUUUUAUUUUUGUUUACAAACAUGAAAUCUUGACCUGACCCAUCUGGUGAUCGAUCUAAUAAAGGUGGAAAAUAUUACUCUGAUGAUGAUUCAGACAGUGAUUUUAUGAUUUCAAAUGCAGAGGAUGAUUCUGUUGAAUCGUAUGAUUAUAAUCCUAGUACUAGUAUUAGUAGUACUAGUGACAAAAUAAUGAAACUAGUAAUUUAUCAGCUGAUGAACAACCAGCCCCGCCCCCAACUAAAGGGCACAUCCAUAUGGAUUGUUUUUUAGGCUUACUAUAGCUAAACCCAGAUGGAAAAUGUGAUUAUGUAUGGUAAAUUUUCCAUUUACUAUUAAUUUAUUAUAAAUUUUAGUACAUACAAGGAUACAGUGCAAUUAUUUUCUAAAUAGCAACAGAUUGUUUCCAGUGGAAUUAGUUAAAUUUUUUUGCUAAUUUUUUGUGUGGCGGUGACAAUGGAUAAUGUGCUGUGAGGUUUAAUUUUUGCUUUUUUGAAAGUUGAUCUUUAUUAUUUGUGAAGCACAUAUGGAUAUAGUUCAGAAAAAAAACAUUUUUUUGGAUUAUAUAUUUCUCUUGGUGUGACUUCAAAGGAGCGUUUUGUGAACAUUUGGCGAGUUUUUUAAAAUAAAUUUUUAUUUUCCUUAAAUCACAAUCACAUUUAUUUAUUAAAAUUUAAACCCAAAUCUUGUUUGCUUGCAAAGAGCAUGCAUUUCCCUUUAAUUCCAUACCAAAAUUAACAUUUUCUGAUUAAAAACAAAAAAGUUAUGAAGGUUUAGAGAAAACAUAGUAGUGCGUAACAAAACCCAAAAUAGAUAAUUCCGUCAGAACGUGGAAAAUAAUUCCGGAGGGAAAGAGUUAAUUAUACAUUUUUUGAAAUAGAUAUCUAAGCAUUAUUUUGCUCCUUAAAUGUAAAGUUUUCUUAACCCUAAUUAUAAGUAUAAAGUAUUCCAUUUUUUUCAAUCAUAUUAUUUACAUUUCUCAAAUUCUUUCUCUUUUAAGUCAUUAGUUCAGUGUGUCCUGAAGUUCUGCUUUUGUAUGUUUUCUAUGCAGGCUAUCAGAGAUGGUGUUAUUGAAGCUACAAUAGACCAUGAACAAGGUUAUGUCCAGUCAAAAGAGACAGGAGAUGUGUACAGCACCAAGGAACCAAUGGCUGCUUUUCACCAGAGGAUCAGCUUUUGUCUUGAUAUCCACAACCAGAGUGUUAAGGUGAUUAAUAAAUAAAUGUAUAGGUUAGCAGGGCGUUUUGAUAACUUCCUAAAAGUAAUGAUUAUCAAAAUCCAAUGUUUGAUGGGUUUCUUUUAUCAGAUUCUUUUACACGUUCAUAAGUCAUAAUCACACCCAAAUGAACACGAGUCCUUUUUUUUGUUUGUAUUAACAAUGUAACUUUAAUCAAGGAAGCAUAUCUAUCAGGCUAUACAUUUAAUCAAAAACAUGUAUAGCGCAAUAAGAAGGAGAAAUAAUGCAAAACCAUCCACUAUAAAGUUCUUUAGACGACUGCUAAUGAAUAAGUACGGAACGCCAAAGACAGUCUAGACUACGUCAUAAUUACAAUAAAUAUAUGUCACCAAGUUAAUGGCUGGAAAAGCGCUCGUUAACUAACUCUCACAACACAUCACACUCAAUACUACACAUUAUCCAGUGCGCUAGAAUUGCUAGUGAACCCCAUAGUCGACAAUGAUCUCAGGAAUAUUUUUAAAAAUGAAAAAUUAAUAUUCUUUUAAAAUGAUAAAACACGUCAUCACCUCGGAAAAUUUUUUAUUAAAACGCAAAAAAUAAUAUUUGUAGACAAAAUAAAGUGAAGAAAAACACCCUUGAUUUAAUUUUUAAACAAAACAAGCAGAAAUUAUCAACAAAAAAUGCAUGCAUGACAAAGUGCUGCAAACGGACACUAGUAAAUGAAGACUUAAAUGUUUUUAAACAAGAGAAUAUUUAUUUUGAAUUUUUGGAAGGCAAUCUUAGGCUUGUCAAAUCUGCUUCAGUGACUGCUUUAAUGGCUCUUUCUUGUUAGGAAUUUUUGCCAGCUAGCAAGCCAGUGCUUUUUAUAAUAAAUUAUUUAUAGCUAAUUUUGCUUGAUUCAGGAUACUAGUACUAUUCAAUACAAACAGUUUUUUGAAGUGAAAAAACUUAUUGACACAAUGUGACUUUUUUUUAGUUUGAAUUUUAUCAUCACUGCUUUUGUAUUAAAAUAAAAUUUUUCAAGUACAAGUGUUAGUUAUUCCAAGUUAUUCAAAUUUCUAGUGUCAUCAUCCUAUAGUAAACCAUUUGCACCAAAAGGAUACUAGAUUUUCAUUGCUUGUUUAUGUACACAAAUAUAAAUAUGUAACAUUAAAUCUAUUGAUAUCAAAACCAUUUAUUAUAUCUAAUUGUGAUCCUUAUGAAUUUUAGAAUUAAAAACUGAUUUCAUAGGCAUAUGGGAGACAAAGUUUUCACUUGUGUGGAUCAAACUUUCUGUUUUCUCUUUUCAGGCUAUGCGAUUUCCACCCAAGUCAUAUAAUAAAGAUCUGGAAUCUGCUGAGGUGAUUUUACAAACAUUAGUCUUUAGUUGCUGGUUAUUGAAAAGAUAAUUCAACCAUAGUUAUAUACCGGUAGAUGUUAAUUUUUCUUUAUGUUAAUUUUUCUUUCAGUGGUACCUCUACGAAAAUAUUUAAAUAAUAACAAAAAUUUAAAGAAUUUUGUUUGUCAACUAAACUUAUGAAACUGUUAAUUUUAUAUUUGCUGAGUUUUACAACACUAGCAGAUCUUGGCAUCCAAAGAGAACGCUGUAUAAUGUUCAUUUAAAAAAAUAAAUUUUGAACAUAUAAUAAUGAAAACUAAAGUGUGUACUGAUGUAAAGAUAAAUGAUAUAGCUACACAGUGUAAGAUAAAUAAUCAAAAAAAUUCCAUUAAUUCCUAACAAGUGAAUCAUUUAUCAAUUGUAAGUUAAUACUUGAGUAUUUAAAAAGAAAUCAGGUCUAGAUUUAGACAUUUGCUAGAACUCAGUUAUAAAAUUGACAGAAAGUUGUGACUUGUGACUGCAGAUCUAAGAAAAACUUUUAGCCAUUUUAGCCUACUUUAACCUGAUUUCAGGAGCGCAGGGAGAGGGAACAGCAAGAGUUGGAAAGUGCUAAAGAGAUUGCAGAGGAGGACUUUGACGGUUUUCCUUAAGUCUGGAGGCAUGAGUAGUUCCAUCAUUUGAACUAGCAUCUGUUAUCUCACAAGGUGAUUGAAUGGACUGUUGACUCCUCAUUACUUCACAUUGAAAACAUUCAUUGGUCUUUUUUUUGGUUUCCAUUCUUUUAUUACAAUUGUGAAAACUGAAGCCAAUUAUGUAUUGCUAUUAAAAAAGUUUUUUUUCACAUGGCUUCUCAUGUUUCUCAUUAUGUGCAUUGAGUUGUUUCAAGCUCAAAGGUCAAUAUUUCCACAUCGUCAUUGUAGUGGUUUAGUUCAAAUUUAAUAUGUUGUUUGAAGUGUGAUAAGUGAAGUUAUUUUUGUGAAAUGAUUGUUUAGCUUUGGGAGAAAGUGUUGUUGCUGUUUGAAUGCUCAUUAGCCAUUUGAAUGUUCAUUAGCCCUUUAAGGCUGGCUGUAUUUUGUUUUAAAAUGGUGGUUUCAUCAUAUUGCUAUAAAAGAUAGAAACGGAAAAACAAAAGAAAUAUUUUCAGAAAACCUGAAACCUAUUUUCUAGCUGAGCAAUGAUAUUUACCAGCUGGUAAAGUAAUAGUUUGUUGUGAAACAUUGGGUAUUGUAACAAAUGAGUUGAGAUGGUAACACUUUUAUGAGCCCGCUAACUUUGUUACGCUCCAUACAGAACAUUUUACAGAUCACAUAUGAAUUAAUUGGAAUUGAGCUAUUUAUCUUUUGUUUAACAAAACCAGGAUUUAAAAAAGUUAUUGAUUUCUGGUUUUAAACAAAGUUUUUGGUAGUUCAAUUGAUAUUUUAAACAAUAUUUAUUUAGUACCGGUAUGUGAGGAGCCCAGUGGAUUAAAAAUUUUCUUGAUAAAAUGAGGGAAAUUUCAGAUAAUUAAAAAAAAAAAAAUUAAAUAUGAUUAAAUUUUGCAUAUUCAU